AUAUCCGUCUUAUAACAUAAGGCGCCGGAAGUUCUUCCUCGUACACACAGAUAGGCUACACGCAGAGCCUCAACAACAACGUUAACAAAGCUUCCUACAGGAGUUUCAGAGAAUCUUGAAUCAUUGAUCCAAAGAGAAUUUGGAGAAAAAUUCAGAUGGACGUGGAGAGUAAAACAGUUAAUUCUGUUAUCGACAAUGAGGAGGAGGAAGAGGAUGAUGAGAAUCGGAGUCAAGCGUUUCUGAGGAAGUUGAGGACGAUGAGGAUGAUAGUGAUGAUGGAUACAUAGACGAUGAUAUGUUGUAUACUGAUGAUUUCAUUGAGAUCAAAGUAAGAAUUCUGAGAAUUUGGAAAGCGAUGUACGGAAGAUCUGGGAUUGUAAAGGGUUUGGAUUUUAUUCUGAUUGAUGAACAAAUGUAAUCGGAAAACUAAUAUCUCUUUCAGAAAAGAAACCGAAGGACACGAAAAUAACCGAGCUAUUUAUAGAGGACAUGAGCGGAAGAAAAAUGAAAUAGGGGAUCAACUAAAAGAUAUCAAGGCAGUUGGACAGACAAAAUUUUUACAAGUGAUUAUAGUAACAUCAAUAUAUGUACAGAACUACGAAGGUGAACUUUAUCUUAGCUCCACAGACGCGACCAAAUCAUACAUCAACUUGGAUAUACCUGAAGUUGAAGUAUACAAGAACAGGCAUUACCAAAGAACAAACGUAGACAUUGUGAAGAUGCCCGACAUAUCCAAAGAUGAUUUUUCUGCUGAGAAAAGGAUAACCAUACAGCAGCUGAUUGAUUUGCUACAAGAUGAUUCGAAUGAGGUAUUUAACGUAGACAUUGUAAUAACCUGUAAUGUGUAAAAUAAAAUAAAAUGCAGGUACCGUCUGCAGCUAGAGGUCGAAGACCAAACAGGAUGUCCAACGAUCUUUGUGGCAUUUGGUACAGAAGCUGAGGAGUUGCUGGGUGAUACGGAUAUACACAACAACUUCAAACAUAUAAUCGUUUAGAGCAAAUUUGGGAUGAGAUCGUAACACAGUGGGACGGAGUAAAGAUCA